AUGGUGGGCAUGUGGAACGAGUGUGAGAGAUGGAUAUCAACCUACUUCGAAGAAAUUUUCUGCGCCAAAAUGACAUCCACACAACGAAGUGAGAGCAUGAACUAUGUGCUCAAGAAGAACUUCGUAAGUGAGAGACAAAACCUCCACCGGUUUGUCAGCCAGAAGGAACAAAACACGCUGACCUUCUAUGGGUUUGACACCCAGAUGGCAAAGCCUUACUCACGAGCUGUGUACAGCGAGUUCAGGAAAAGGCUAAAACUGAGCACACUCUUCACGGCGACAGAGACGGAAGAGCCCACAAAGUACCUCGUGCGCUACAACAACCCGCAAAAAAUGUCUGCGUGGGCUCAGCACGCGUUCCAAGUGGUUGUAGACCACAUGGGAGAAACAUAUGAGUGCGAGUGCAAGCUAUGGGACCACACAGGUAUUUUCUGCGUGCAUGUCCUGUGCAUGAUGCAGACAAUUAAGGCUGCCAGCGUUCCAGAGAAAUACAUCCUCAGGAGAUACACCAAACGCCCGAACAUCCAGCCAACAUUCAAACAAGGCAUCCAAAUACUGCAUUGA